CCCCGCGGUGGUAGGUCCGCCUGCGCCGGUGGACGCGGAUUGCCUAACUCUGGCGGUGCUUUGAUUGGCCCAGCUUUGCUCUCGUCACGCCCCCUCUGCGCUCCGAUUGGCUCGGUGCUGGAGCGCUCUGCAUCCGCGGCCCGCCAUGGCGUCUCAGCUCCGGCUCCGCUCGGCGCUGGCCCUGGUCACAGGUUGAAGGGAGGGGGCUCUCCCAGGCGGGUUGGGGUACCGGAGUGAUGUCGGGGGCGUGUCCUGGGACUCUGCAGCCGCUGUUGCCCCUGGCCCGAACUUUACUAACUUUGCGCCCUGUUGAUCUCUGGCCCCUGCCCACUUAUCCCCCUCCCCCCGCGUGUUCUCGUCCCCCUCAGGUGCGGGGAGUGGCAUCGGCCGAGCCGUCAGUGUGCGCCUGGCCGGAGAGGGGGCCACCGUGGCCGCUUGCGACCUGGACGGGGCAGCGGCACGGGAGACGGUGCAGCUGCUGGGCAGGCGGGGGGGCGAGGAGGGGGCGCCCCGAAGGGCCCACGCUGCCUUCCAGGCUGACGUCUCUGAGGCCAGGGCUGCCAGGCGCCUGCUGGAACAAGUGCAGCUUUUCUCGCCCGCCAUCUGUCGUUGUGUCCUGUGCGGGCAUCACCAGGGAUGAGUUUCUGCUCCACAUGUCUGAGGAUGACUGGGACAGAGUCAUAGCUGUCAACCUCAAGGGCAUCUUUCUAGUCACUCAGGCUGCAGCCCAAGCCCUGGUGUCCAGUGGUUGUCACGGCUCCAUCAUCAACAUCAGUAGCAUCGUAGGGAAGGUGGGGAAUAUGGGACAAACCAACUACGCAGCAUCCAAGGCUGGAGUGAUUGGGCUGACCCAGACUGUAGCCCGGGAGCUGGCACGACAUGGAAUCCGCUGUAACUCUGUCCUCCCAGGGUUCAUUACAACACCUAUGACACAGAAAAUGCCACAGAAAGUGCUGGACAAGAUGUGGCAGAUGUGGUCGCAUUCUUGGCAUCUGAAGACAGUGGAUACAUCACAGGGGCCUCAGUGGAAGUCACUGGAGGUCUUUUCAUGUAACAGCCUCAAGGACCCUGGACUCUGCUCGCUCCCCCACCACUCUGCCUGGCCUCCUGCUGAUGAGGACUCUGAGUUCCCAGGCUACAAAAAGGGUGGCAGUGUAUGACUCAGGAAUGCUGAAUAUGGGAGGCAGGGGUGCUUGUGACCCUAAUAAAUUCCAAAUCCUCUUCCCUGCCACCUCCAGUUCUUCUUGUGUCCAAGCCCUCAGACCCUUCCCCACCUCCCCCUCCUUUCCCUUUCCCGAAGGAUUGUUCCCUUUCACUGCCUGGUCUCCCAGGGCAACCCCCGCCACCGGGUGUGAGAGGAGAGUGUGUGUGUCACUGUGUAUGCGUGACAUUCUGGGUCUCUUUGGAGGGAGGGGUCUGCCCCACCCCCUUCCACUAGUCCUGCAGCCCCAGUCCCCUCCCCCCAAUUCCCUGGGUCCUUAUGGUCCCCAAGGGUGAUUUGUUCAUGGCCCCAUCCCAGUGUCCAGUCUGGCCUUGGGAGGGGGUCUUGGAACAGGUGGCCCUCCCCCACCCUCUCCUUUCUCUGAGUCCCCCCCUCCCCUUUCUCUCCACCUUACAAUAGCUGCAGCCGGCCUGGGGUCGGAUGGGGG